AUGAGAUGGAGCUAUGAGGGCCUUCAAGACAAAGAUGAGACAUUUAAACCGGCUGACAGAAACGAGCAAAAAGGUGAAACAGUGGCAGAUGUAGCAAGGUGUUGUGUUUUGAGUGAUGGGGAGUGGAGAGAGACAGCUCCCAGUGAAGCUGCAAGGAAAGAAGUUAUAGCAAGGGAAGAGAGAUACCUGACGGACAGCAGUUAUGGCCAAGCUCCAGUGCAAUGGGCACGGAAGGACCGACGGCCCCAUGUGGAGCUCCAAAUAUUUUGGAAAAACCGGUCCUCACAAACAGUAAAAGCCUUAAUUGACACAGGAGCGGAGGCCUCCUUGAUAUAUGGGAAUCCAAAGAAAUUUAAAGGACAACCUGUAAUCAUUACAGGUCUGGGAGGGAAACAAAUUGAAGCUGUACAAACUCAAAUUGAAAUGAAAAUAGGAAACCUCCCAAAACGACUGUAUUCAGUCAUGAUUGUCCCCAUUCCUGAAUACAUAAUCGGAAUAGACAUUCUGAAGGGACUAACUUUGAAUCUCCCAGACGGUCAGUACCAGUUUGGGGUAAAAAAUCAUUUCAGUAUUAAAACAAUUUUAGUAGGAAAAGUGAAAAUGCCUCCUGUACAGAUUCCUGCUGCUACUAAAUUAGUGACUAUGAAACAAUAUAGAAUUCCAGGAGGGCAUGAGGAGAUAUCACAGACAAUUAAAGAUUUAUUAGAUGCAGGAGUGUUGAAACCAGUUACCACAGCUUGGAACAAUCCGGUAUGGCCUGUCAAGAAAAGUGAUGGGUCAUGGAGAAUGACAGUGGAUUUUAGGGAAUUAAAUAAACACACCCCACCACUUACAGCAGCUGUACCAGAUACUAUUACUUUAAUAGAAAAGGUUCAAAAGCAUUCAGGGACUUGGUAUGCUGUAAUAGAUUUAGCUAACGCCUUUUUCACUAUCCCAAUUGCAGAGGAGCAUUGGGACCAAUUUGCCUUCACCUGGCAAGGAAGACAGUAUACCUUUACCAGAUUGCCUCAGGGAUGGCUGCAUAGUCCAACCAUUUGCCAUCGGACAGUGGCUGAGCAUCUGGAUAAGAUAAAAUUGCCUCCUCAUAUGCAAAUAGUGCAUUACAUUGAUGAUAUCCUAAUUCAGGGAAAUGAUGAGAAGGAAGUACAACAAAUACUUGAACAGGUGGUAGAUCAUAUGAGACAGAAAGGUUGGGAAAUUAAUCCUAACAAGAUUCAAGAACCAUCCCAAACGGUAAAAUUCUUAGGAAUUCAAUGGCAUUGUGGGCAUCGGGAAAUAUUACCCAAAGCUCGACAGAAAAUUUUGGAUUUUGCAGUGCCACAAAAUAAAAAUGAGGCACAGAGAUUUAUUGGAUUGUUUGGCUUCUGGCGGCAGCAUAUUCCCCAUUUAGGACAGAUUCUGACUCCUUUGCAUAAAGUAACAAGGAAAAAAUAUGAGUUUGAAUGGGGAAAUGAACAGCAAGCUGCUUUUGAGUCAGCAAAGGAAGCUAUUCAAAAGGCCCUAGAUUUGUGGCCAUUGCAGGAGGGAGAAGUGGAGUUAAAUGUGUCGGUAAAUGGAUUACAUGCCAAUUGGAGCCUAUGGCAAAAACAGGGAAAGAAAAAAGUUCCCUUAGGUUUUUGGGGACGAAAGCUGCCAGAGGCAGGAAAUAAUUACACACCUUUUGAGAGACAACUAUUGGCAUGUUAUUGGGCGUUGGUAGAAACAGAGCAGCUUACAAUAGGACAUGAAGUGUCCCUUCGUCCUGAAAUUCCUAUCAUGCAAUGGGUUAAAAGCUCUCCUAAAACCCAUAGAAUUGGGCAUGCUCAAGAAUCGAGUAUCAUAAAGUGGAAAUGGUAUAUUCAGGAUAGGGCCAAGGUAGGGGUUGGUGGAGUAGCUACCCUCCACGAGAGAGUAGCUACUGCCCCCACAGGUGAUCAAGUAAUGAACCCUGAUUUCACAGUUGAACGGGAAUCCCCAGUACGAUGGGGAAAAGCUUUUGACCAAUCGACACCCUCUGAAAAGGAACAUGCUUGGUUCACUGAUGGAUCAGCUAAGUAUAUAGGAGGGAAGAGGUUUUGGAAAGCAGUAGCUUACUAUCCCCAUCUAGAAAAAUUUUUAGAAACUACAGGAGAAGGGAAAAGCAGCCAGUAUGCUGAAUUGUAUGCAGCUUAUAUGGCCUUGAAACAAGAAGACCUAGGAGAAUGUCAUUUAUAUACUGACUCCUGGUCAGUAGCUAAUGGGUUAGCUACUUGGCUGCCAACAUGGGUAGCCAAAGAUUGGAAAAUAUACUCCAAAGAAGUCUGGGGAAAGGAAUUGUGGAAGGAUAUUUGGGAAAUAACAACCGGGCAAAGAUUUCCCAAGCUGGAUUAG